AUGACGAUCGCGGCAUGUGCUAGCGGGUGCGCGGACAACGCUUGCGAGACAACCCCUGCUGCAUUGCGUGUGGGUAGCGGUGCCGAUCCUUGGAAUCGCGGGGAGAAGGAUCUUCUUGAAAAUUCUGACAAGAUGACCCAGCUUGGGAAAGUAAAACGAGAGUUGCUCCAUCACAUCAUGGAUAGGCACGGAAGUCAGCUUCCGAUCUGCCAGAUUCCGCUGGAGUUCCCAUCCAUCCACUUGAGGACUGCAAUCUGA